AUGGAAGCCCUAGUCCUUGCUCUGCCUGAUUUCUCCUUGCCUUUCACUCUCAAGACUGACGCUUCUAGUGUGGCUAUAGGAGCAGUUCUCAUGCAAAAGGGACACCCCAUCCCCUUCUUCAGUAAACACUUUUGUCCUCGUCUCUUACGAGCAUCUACUUACAUCAGGGAGAUGCAUGCUAUAACCUCUACGUCUGUACUUUAUGUAAGUUUUGGAAGCCUCGCAAGGCUCCCUCAUGCUCAACUUGUUGAACUGGCUCAUGGGCUUGAACAUUCUGGUCAUAGUUUCAUCUGGGUUAUAAGGAAAAAGGAUGAGAAUGGAGACAGUUUUCUUCAAGAGUUUGAGCAAAAGAUGAAAGAAAGCAAGAACGGUUAUAUCAUAUGGAACUGGGCACCACAGUUGCUGAUAUUGGACCACCCUGCGAUAGGAGGCAUUGUGACUCACUGUGGUUGGAAUUCAAUUCUUGAAAGUGUGAGUGCUGGAUUGCCAAUGAUCACAUGGCCAAUGUUUGCAGAGCAAUUCUUCAAUGAGAAGUUGCUAGUUGAUGUGUUGAAGGUUGGAGUCCCAGUGGGAGCUAAAGAAAACAAAUUGUGGGCAAGCAUGGGCAAGGAGGAAGUGAUGGGAAGGGAAGAGAUUGCAAAGGCUGUGGUGCAGUUUAUGGCAAAAGAAGAGAGCAGAGAAGUGAGGAAGAGAGCAAGAGAGCUUGGUGAUGCUUCCAAGAAGAGUAUAGAGAAGGGUGGAUCCUCUUACCACAACUUGAUGCAGUUGUUAGAUGAGCUCAUCUCAUUGAAGAAAACUAGGACAUGUGAGAAACCAAAUUAGGUCAUUCAAAUAUUGGACUCAUCUAAGUGCUUUUAAAUAAAAUGUUUUGUUCCAUUUAAGUUUUAAGUUCAGCUAGCUAAUUACUUGUGUACUGUUUUGAUAUAAGAAGAUUUUAGUUUUCACCAAAUAUUUCAUGCUUUGAAACUCUAAGUUAGGAAAAGGAAAUCUUCUAAUGAAUGAAGUUUCAUCUAUUUUGGUGCA